GGGCUGUCAAGAAGAAUCACUUUAUUCGGAGUGCUCAGUCUACCUUAUGCUCGCCCUGAGCUCCCGGACUGUGUAGUUGGUUGGAAGUGCCACGAACCAACUUCUAUGAGACAUAAGACACUCAUCCGACAUCGCACAAUACCUCGCGCCUCUCUCUCCCUCUCAAUCUCAGCACCGGUUCCGUGCAUGGUUGCUUCUCUGUCUUAUCCGACCUCUUCCCUUCCCACACAUACACAGACACACACAAGCACACGCACAAAGAGUCGCACAGCCACUCGCUCAUAGAGGAGUCUCAGCCCGUACAUCGACAUGGCACCCCUCUCUCGCCCGAAGACAAGUCUCCCAAGGGAACGAUUCACCACGUACUUGAAAGAUAUUAAGAUACAAACGUAUCAGGACCCCAGCUUCGGCUCCAGUUCUCGCAACAGCGGCUCAUCACGCAGCAUAUGGUCCAUUUCUUGGAACCCAACUGGUUCCCUCAUUGCCACGGGAGCGGAUAGGAUACUUCGUGUCUGGAAUCCUGAAAAGCCCGUUGCACGCUUCUCGACUGAGCUCAAGGGGCACACAGCUGCGAUUGCCAAGGUUGCCUUCAAUCCUGCCAAGGAUGCAGAGCUCUGCAGCAUCAGUUUUGAUGGCGUGGCCAAAUUCUGGGACGUUCGAAGCAAAACCUGCACCAACGAAGUCAAGGGCCUCGGUGAAGCCUUCACGCUGGCAUGGGCCCCAGAUGGCGAGACCCUCGUGGUAGGCAACAAAGCGGACACGCUCUUUCUACUGUCUCCUACCCAAACGGCACCCUUGUCCACUCACACGCAAGAUGUGCAGACAAACCAGGUAUCGUUCUGUUGGAGUGGAGAGAAGGUCUUCCUGACCACUGGCGAGGGUCGUGUCCGUAUUCUUUCGUAUCCCGACUUUCAGCCACUACUUCACCGCGAGGGCCCAGACGGGGCCAUCGAGUUCACGCUGGAUGGCCACGCUUCACAAUGCCUCUCGGCCGAGAUGCAGCCGACUGCUCGUUAUCUAGCGACAGGUGGGUAUGAUUCCAUCAUUGCGCUCUGGGACACGACAAACUGGAUCUGCCAGAACACGGUCACCACGUCUGUAGGCCCUGUCCGAAGCAUCAGCUUCACGUUUGACGGCAGUUACUGUGUGGGAGGAAGCGAACAGGGUGCUGGCCUCGAUGUUUUCCACACGGAGACGGGGGAUACUAUCCACACCAUCAAGACGAGCGAUCCCAGCCCAGUGGUGGCGUGGGCGCCUACGCGCUAUUACCUCGCCUUCAUAGACCAGAAUGCCCUUCGCAUCGCUGGUAUCGAUACAGAACGGAAAUAGAGCUCUACAGGAGGGUG